UAUUGGCUCAAGGGUCAAGGGACCGCCGUGGCCGUGUUAGCCCCACGCACCAUGGAGUCCCAGUCUCCAGGCACCUAAGGGCGAUGAAAUACCACCGCUGCGCCGGUCGCUCCGGACGUGGUGCUUCAGUUGUUCUGAGCCAUGGGUCUUUGGGCCACCCAGCAUUGUGCCGUGCCCCGUGUGUCCACAUCAUCAAGAACGGCUACUGCGAGAAGGGCUUUGAAUGUGACUUUUGCCACCUUCCGCACGGCCGAAAGGUGCGGCUCAACAAGAGCCAGCGCGAGGCCUUGAAACUUUUGGGUCCAGGACAGAAGCUGGCCAUCAUUGUGCCCUUCAUCAUGAAGAAAGUCUCGCACAUCGAGGAUCAGCAGGCAGAUGUUUUGCUGAAGCUCUUGCAAAACUCACUGCCAGAGGAGAUCGUCACGGAUGACCCCCUGAUGAAGCAGUUGCGUCUGGUGAACCUGCAUCGGGCCUUCCAGCAGAUGAGUGUGACAGCUUUGCUGGACCUGUUGUCAAGCUGCCUGCCCUCGGAGAUCUUGGCAGCCUAUGAAGAUCUACGAAAAGACCAGCUUGAUGUGGCCGACCAAAUGAUUUUCUGCCUCUGACAGUGGACUGGGGCUCUUUUGCCCGGCAUGCCAUCCACCCAACAGGUAGAGGGGGCCUCCCACGAGAGGCACCAGCGGCUUAGUGUAGCGGCGUUCAGCGUAGAGAGACCUCUUUGGAUCCCAUGCGCAAACCUGGAAAACACCGAAGCCUCGGUGUGUGAGGCGUGGGUUUUCCUGUUCGGGGUUUUGACCGGUGAGACAUGAACAUUUGGUUGCGAUAGGUCCAACGUCUUGUUAUUUGUUUGCUGCGCAGGGAACCAAAAGGGGUUAGUGGCACCACCUGUCACACGUUUUGCAACCCGAAGCGAAUUUGUUUCAAUCUACGUUGGGAAAGGCAUAGGCCUUCCCAAGGGUAGAGUUAGUGCCACAAGUUUGGCAGAUUCGGGAACAGCUGCGAACGAACACUUUUGUUCACACGACUGGGCCAUUUUCGACGAGUUGAAUUGUGCAGAAAGAUAUCUAU